AUGUUGGCAUCCAAAUCUCAGCAGUCAGACGCCACGGAGAUCCUCAACGGGCUCCUCAAGGAAUACGACCGCAAACUCAGACCCGACAUUGGAGCGAAGCCAACGGUCAUUGACGUGGACAUUUUUGUCAACAGUAUCGGACCCGUGUCCUCCAUUGAUAUGGAAUACCAAAUCGACAUCAUCUUCGCGCAGACAUGGACCGACAGCCGUCUGCGCUACAAUAGCACGAUGAAGAUCUUGACGUUGAACAGCAACAUGGUAGGCCUCAUCUGGCUCCCGGACACCAUCUUCCGCAACUCCAAGAACGCCGACGCCCACUGGAUCACCAUGCCCAAUCAGCUGCUUCGAAUAUGGAACGACGGCAAGAUCCUUUACACCCUGAGACUGACCAUUAAUGCCGAGUGCCAGCUGCAGCUGCACAACUUUCCAAUGGACGAACAUUCAUGUCCGCUCAUCUUCUCCAGCUAUGGAUACCCGCGAGAUGAGCUAAUCUACAAGUGGAGGAGGCACUCGGUGGAGACGGCCGACCAAAAGUCCUGGCGCCUCUACCAGUUUGACUUCCUGGGCCUGAGAAACACCACUGACAUUAUCAAGACCACAGCAGGCGACUACAUGGUGAUGACGGUCUACUUCGACUUGAGGAGGCGAAUGGGCUACUUCACCAUCCAGACGUACAUUCCUUGCAUACUCACCGUGGUGCUCUCGUGGGUCUCUUUCUGGAUCAAGAAGGACGCCACACCGGCCAGGACAGCUUUGGGCAUCACCACUGUGCUAACGAUGACCACUCUGAGUACAGUAGCCAGAACAUCUCUGCCCCGCGUAUCCUACGUGACAGCCAUGGACCUUUUCGUCACUGUCUGCUUCCUGUUCGUCUUUGCCGCCUUGAUGGAGUACGCCACCUUGAACUAUUACUCCAGCAGCACCCGCAGACCGCGAUGCAUGGACAGGAAACGACACGUAAUUUUUCUGCCCUCUUUUUUUUUUUCCCAGAACUACUUGGUCCUGGACACGAGGCCGCCUCCUCACACGGUGGUGGCCCUGAACAACUCGACAUACUGGCGGGACUUUGACGACACGUGCGCCUCGCGCUGUUUGGAUGGCAAAGACUGCGGCGCCUUCUUCUGUUGCUACGAUGAUUGCAAAGACGGCGCCUGGCGGAGAGGACGCGUCCACAUUGACCUGCUGGAGCUGGACACCUACUCCAGGGUCUUUUUUCCCACUUCUUUUCUCCUUUUCAACGUGGUCUACUGGGUGGGAUAUCUCUACCUUUAG